AUGCUGAAAUCAACUAUAGUCGGUGACGAAUUCUUAAAUCACGACGACGUCGACGUGAGAGUUGCAGUCGCUGCCUGCCUCAGUGAGACGUUAAAGUUAACUAGUCCGGAUCCUCCUUAUCAUCAUGACACGUUGGAGGAUAUAUUCAGUUUGAUUGUAUCAUCAUUUAAGAAUCUAGAUGACAUGUCAAGCCCCUCCUAUGAGAAAAGAAUCUCCAUCCUUCAAUCUGUUAAUGAGGUCAACGCUUGGGCUGUCAUGGUCGGACUUGACUACUCACUUGUCGUCCCGCCUUCUUCAGCCGCUGAGCUUCUUAAGAUCCUUGAAAACAUUUCCAAGUGCCUGUUAAAGCUACAAAAAGCGGAGAUGGAACCGGAGUUUGACUUAUAUUGGUUCGUACUCUUUAAAUCGAUGAGAGUAUUAACCAAGGAAGAUAUCUUAAACCACGAAGACGUCGACGUGAGAGUUGCAGCCGCUGCCUGCCUCACUGAGGCCAUGUAUUUCACAUCUCCGCAUUUUCCUUUUACGCGUCAAGAGUUGAGGGAUGUAUUCAUUAUAAUGGCAUCAUCAUUUGAGGGGCUUGAUGACAUAUCUAGCCCCUCGUAUGAGAAAAGGAUAUACAUCCUUCGAAAUUUUGAUGAGCUCGACCUAUGGAGGAUUCCGGUUGGACUUUGUUAUUAUCAACCUCUUGCGAAGCUUCCUCAGACUUUCCUUACCACUAUAAGGGAGCAUCAUCCAAAGGAGGUAUUUGAAGCUAUGAGGGACAUGAUCAUAGGUGUUGUACCAUAUGUAACUGAUCAAGCGCUUACAACAAUUCUAACUUAUCUUAGAAAGGGUGCUGAGGUUCCCCAAGUAUCACGGAAGUUGGCAGAAGAAGCUCUCAGUAACUUUGAUAAGUUUAGCUAUACCUUGACCAACUUCAAAAAGAACCUGAUUCAUGCAGUGAUAUCUUCGGGUUUCUCUUUAGAAGAUUAUAGUGACAUAGUGGCUAAGAUUUGUGGAGGCAAACUACAAAUGUUUACGUUAUGGCCACUAAUCGGCUAG